GCGCCCCCCUUUCUCUUCGCGGAUGGUUUCUCCCGUUCUUGAGACUCUGCGGACCAGAAACGGAUCGAUCUGUUUGAGCUCGGUCUUCUUGGGACCCGCCAGUGAUUCCCGGGCUCCUUUGUAGUCUUGCCUCCCCCGAGCCUGGCGCCCCUUGAGAGGCGGAUUGCAUUCCGGCUCCCGUCGCCCUUCGCCCUCUUGGGCUGAUGGGUGCUGAUCCGAUCCCCUCUUAAGAGGUACAUAAUUCUUCCAUUAUGUCAUUCUUAUUUGAAUGGAUCUAUAAUGGCUUCAGCAGUGUGCUGCAGUUCCUAGGAUUGUACAAGAAGUCUGGAAAAUUAGUUUUUUUGGGUUUGGAUAAUGCAGGCAAAACUACCCUUCUUCACAUGCUAAAAGAUGACCGAUUGGGUCAACAUGUUCCCACAUUGCAUCCAACAUCAGAAGAAUUAACAAUUGCAGGAAUGACUUUCACCACUUUUGAUCUUGGUGGCCAUGAGCAAGCUCGGCGUGUCUGGAAGAAUUAUUUCCCAGCAAUUAAUGGGAUUGUCUUUUUAGUGGACUGCGCAGACCACUCUCGUCUUAUGGAAUCUAAAGUGGAGCUCAAUGCACUAAUGACUGAUGAGACAAUAUCCAAUGUGCCAAUUCUUAUCUUGGGUAACAAGAUUGACCGACCAGAAGCUAUCAGUGAGGAGAAACUGCGAGAGAUUUUCGGUCUUUAUGGACAGACAACAGGAAAGGGGAAUGUGUCAUUGAAGGACCUGAACACGCGUCCUAUGGAAGUGUUCAUGUGCAGUGUGCUGAAGAGGCAAGGCUACGGUGAAGGUUUUCGUUGGCUGUCACAGUACAUUGACUGAUACUGGAGAGACACAUCUAUUCCUGAACUGAUCCUGUUCACAAAUUCCUUAUGGACUUUUCUAUUAGAACAUGGAAGACUCUCCAUCUGCAUACUGGCAACGACCAAGAGACUCCUUUCUUCAGUUACCCUACCUCACAGUGGUGACACAAUUCUUUUCCCUGUGUCUGGGAGAUAACAUUCUGUACACUGGUGCAGGUUGUCACUUCCAGCGGCCAUUGAUUCCUAUGGAAACCAUGGCUUUCAGUUACAAUAGGAUGAGCGAGCCAGAAUGCCAACCUCUGUGUGCGGCGCUCUUGGGCUGGAAAAGAGGACAUGUCUCACCACUGUGGCCAAUUGAUUUCAAAGAAAGCAACUAUAUUUUUUAAAGGAAGUGUUUGAUGUGAAUGGCAUCCCUUUAGAUUUUCUUAAGUUAGCAUUCAUCCUGUUCAGGCCAGAGUCUGUUAGGAUUUUUUUUUAAAAAAAAAAAAAAUCUAUUUAAUGGUAUUUAGGCGGUUCCCAAAUGACUGAACCAGCUAUCAUGAUAUUCAAAAUCUUUAGAGAACGAGAAAGAUGGCUUUCAAAGCCCUGUAAGGUGGUUGCGCAGUCGCACUGCUCGAUCAUGAAGAUGGUGCUAUUGGGACUGACUUGUGCAAUGAUUUUCUUUAACUUACAGGGAAUUUAGUUGGGGGGGGGAAUGGAGUACACACAGAGGCACACCUAUUUAGCCUUCCUUGUCAUGUGCAGGAGUCUGAAAUGUGGUUGAUCCCUUUUGCCCACCUCUAAAAGUUACGAUCACUUUCCUUAUUGGCAGUCUUUUUUUAUUUCUUCUUUGCAGCACCAGCAAAAAGUUUGUCUUGGACCUACAAUACAGGAUGUUCUACAUUGCAGCAACUGCAAAAAAAAAAAAGGCAGUAGAAAUCAUGAAUUUAUUUUUUGGGUUAUUGUAGCAUUAAAUUGUUCCAACAAGUGUGUAUCAAAUGCUGUUACUGUAAACUAACCCUUUUUCUUUUACGUUCAACAGAGCUUGUGUUUGAAUUUUCAUUACUUGCCUAGACAUCUUCAUUUUCAUUUAAAACAGGCAUUCUUCUCCUUUGCUGGAGCAUGAAGAUGCUUUAAUUAAAACUAUUUAGUGCUUAUGGACAGACUUGCUUUGGUGAAUGCAAGGGAACCCAUGUCUGAAGACACUGGCUUUCUGAUUUCCAUUACAAAAUAUGAAAUGCAAAACGGCAGUACACUAUUGGCACUUAACGCCAUUGAAUUCUAACACUAUGGGUACGUUCACUUAAAUCAGGUGGGAAUUAUGGUCCUGUUAUGACUUGUGGACUUCAAAUCCCAGAAUUCCUGAGCCUGCCAUAAAAGUCACAAGUCAUAAAGGAGCCACCUCUGACAUAAAUGCUAGUUGUGGUUUAGUGUCUGUUAUCAUAGCAUCAACUUCAUUGAGAGGGAAGGAAGGGAAUCAUUAACAGUUGCUCAUCCCAGAAAUCUUCCUGUGAUUUUGGAUAGCAGUUUUAAUAACUUCUAAAUUGUUAGUUUCACCCAGUGCAUUGGCAGGUCAGAAUGCAUUGAUCUUUACCUAAAAUUACAUUUCAGGUAAAAACUCGUGGAGCCUUCUGAAGUAUGUAAUGCAGGUAUCAGGAUAAAUAUUCUACUUUUCUGCCUGCAAAAAAGAGCUGACUAUUUUACAAAUAUGAAGCAUCUUAAAACCGUACAGGUUGAAAGAAUCCAGCCUGCAAAUCCAGAGCUAAUUUCAGUCAUAAUUCCAUUGGAAGAGCUAUGACAGAGUAGCCAGUUCCUGAAAGGGAUAACUGGGGAAGAGUCCAUUAUAAUUAACCGGGCUCUUUUCUGAUGUGGUUAUUCUUGAACUGUUUGCAGUAUUUCCAUCAAAAUGAUUACUUAUAGCAUCAUUGUUGAGUUCAUUUGUGGUUUGUAAAACCUUUGGGUUUUAUGUAAGAGGCUUUUCAAUGACUUGUGAAUAUUUCCUAGGCCAAAGUGCCUGUGCAAUGGUAUCAAGGAGACGUGGAAAACUAUUAAGUGUACAGGAGUCCACGAAAAGACUCGACUGGGUGCAAAUAAUGUAGCAUCUGCUCCAUUGAACACCUGGAAUUUUCUUAAUGGUGGUUCGAUCAAGGGGUAUGGAUGGAUGGCUCACCAUGGAUCAACAUGAGACAUGAUAACCCUUAUCUCCAACUCCAUGCUUAAAAAGAAGGCCGUGGUAAGCAGAGCUAUAAGAUGGUGCCCAAAGAAGCAAUUUCUAUGAAAGUGGUAUCCCAGCCACUAGAGAAACUGGUUGCGUAUGGCUCUGAUCUGUUUUCUGCCUGCCAUGUUCUGCCUUUGGACAAAUCUCCUUGCAAUGUCUGGAUAUAAAGUUUAAUAUAUUCCUUAGGGGCUGGGUUACAGAUUGGAAAAUAGAAUAAGCAUCAUUCUGUUAGCAAAAUGUUUUAACUUCCAAUUUCUGGAAAUGUGAAACAUGUUGGCAGAGACAGUUUGUCUGUAUCCAAAACAUUUUAAUAAAGUUUUUUUUU